GCUGCUCUUGCUGUGCAGUUGCUCUCUACCUUUCUCACUCUCUCACUGGGACCACUGAUGCUGCCUAUCUGCCUUUGGCCAUUGUAGGCAGCUUUUUCUGCCACAAUUGCCCAAUGGAAAUAUAGUAAAGGGGAGGGAGAAGAGAGUGAAACAAAAAUACUAAGCCAGAGAGCCCCUGCAGUAGGAGUGGAAGACAGAAGAGCAGGUGGAAGGGGUGACGAGCAUGGCCAGUAAGUCCAGAGAUUUGCCUCGAGUAACCUUCCAGGCUCCAGAGAAGUCUGGGGAGGAAUCAUCCCACAAGAAACUGGGCAAGCUAACAGUUAAGUACAACCGCAAAGACCUUCAACGCUGGCUAGACCUGGAGGAAUGGAUUGAUGCCCAGUUGCAGGAGCUGUACCAAUACCAGCUGCAGGAGGAAGCAGAUACAGCAACUCCUGAACCAGAAAUUGACAUUGAAGAUCUUCUAGAGGUCUCCAACGAGGAACAGAAAUCAAAACUACAGGAAAUUCUUCAUGAGUGUUCCAGACCUACAGAGGACUUCAUUACGGAACUGCUCAGUCGACUGCAAGGUCUCAGGAAAAUCCCUCAAAGGAAAUGAUCCUAUCCAUCAUGAGAGACACCCCCCUUCCAUCCCGUAUCGCUCACAUGGAAGCGGGUGUCUCCCUAGGGCAGAGAAUCACAUCGGAAGAUCAUUUUACAGUUUUUUCUAGGACUUGGUGUUCUGAGAAGCAUCUUAGAUACUUUUAGCAUCACAUUCCAGCUUCAUGUUCACAGGGAGGGGGCUUGUGUGUAUCUUGCUGAUAUUUAAAGAGCUGUUACGUUAAGGGAGAGGGCAGAUCCCCUUCUUUUUCAUUCAUUUUCUUUUUGAAGGAACCUCUCCUUUGGCUGAGGAAGCGUUGGACACAGCUCCCUUUGCAGCCAUGCAGGGCUGCUCCUGCUGCCCAGUGACAGAAGGGAGAAAGAAGGCAUUGGCUGUUAUCCAUCCUUCACCAGGGACAGGGAGUUGCUAGUCCACUGCUCCCAGCCCCUGCCUGUGAACAGACCUCCUAGCUCUAGGCCAGCACAUAGACAAAGGGUCAUUUCUUAUAUUUUUUUAGUCGCUGUUUUUAUUAAUCAUCCCUCCCUGGUGGAAAGCUGGGCAGAAAAUACACUCCCUGGAGCUUUUCCUUCCAUCCUACUGUAUGUUCCACAGGUUGAUUAAUAUUUGUGGGGCCCGGGACUUUUUAAUGAUCUAGCAGCACCUCAAACAAAUACGAGGACCUGCAAGGGAUUUUUAAAGAACUGCACAACUGCCUGUGUAAGGACAUUUUGAAAGACACUCAGUUUGUGUAUUAAAAUGCAUAGAAAUCCA